CGUCGGGGCAGGAAGGAAGGGGGGGUGUCAUGGCGACGAAUAUCGAGCAGAUCCUUCGGUCCUUUGUGGUCAGCAAAUUCCGGGAGAUCCAGGAGGAGCAGCAGCAGCAGCACGGCGGUGCAAAUGUGGAAGGGCAGCCCAAUGGUGACACGAUCCCAGCUGAGCAGGCCGGGCCUUCCGAAGCCUCUGGAGCUGCUGGGAGUUGUCAGAGUGAUCAGAUAGUGCAGAAAAUAGAGGAAGUGCUCUCUGGAGCCCUCGGGACAGAGCUGCAGUGCAAUCCAGAUGUAGACAAAAAUACUGUGAAAAAUAGUACUCAGUCUACAAAAAGGAGCUCUACAGGUGAAGAUGAAAUUCCUAGGAAAAAAGCAAAGAAAAACAAGAAGCACAAAAGCAAGAAGAAGAAGAAAAAGAAGAAGAAAAGGAAGAAAGAGAAGAAGCAUAAAAAGCAACCAAAGGAAUCCAAGUUGAGCGCGCGUCCCGGAGAGCCUGCAGGCGUGCAGCCAGCCCCUCCCUUGGUGCCAGAGCAGUCCAGCUCCCAAGUGAAUGUACAGCAAGGAGUGUUUGCAGAUGCAAACCUGGCUGGCCACGUGCAGCCAGAACUGUGCUCCAAACCAGCUGAGGGGCUUGAUAAUCAAGCUUUAGGACUUGUUUCUCAUUCAGUGACUGAUUCUCAGCAAUCUGCAGAAAAUCUUGGAAGUGGGGAGGGGACUUUGUGUGCAGCAAAUCCUCCAUUUAAUUUAGAAAGCAUCCAGUCUAAUAUCCCAGAAAAUACUAGUAUAGCUCAAACUAGAAUUUGCACUAGCGAAGAACAAAUUCAACAGUACCAUGAAAAUAUUUAUCCCGUAGCUAUUAAUGCCAGUGUUGUUGAUACUGGAAGUAAUACUUGGUCCAGCAUCCCAUCUGGAAUUGUCAGUAAAUCAGAGAUUCAGAAAGAUUCAGUAGAAGCACUGGGAGGUACAGAAGUCUCUCUGAAAUCUCAAGGCAUUGGGGAAGUAAAAGCUUCGGAUGCAGCUCUGGAGCCUGAGAGCAUGGAGGUGUUGACUUACUCGGAAGCAUCUCAUCAGUCUGUGUCUCACAGGGCAGCACAGGGGUUGGAAACAGCUUCAGAAUCUGUGUCCUUGGCAAGUGGUGUGACAACAACCCCUACACCUGCAAAUUUGGCACAUCCAGGUGCUGUGACUGUAGCUCACAUGGCAGUGGCUGGGCAAGAAGUGAAAAUUCCAGAAACAGCUGAAAAAUCUCUGCACAUGGGAAAUGUGAGAAGUGUGGAGAGACCUUCAGAACUGGGGGGUGUGAGCAGAACUUUGGAGCCAUCCCUGCAGCCCUCAGUCAUGUCUGGGAGUUUGAGCAUGACGCAGGGCAGCCCUGUGGAGGCUUCCAGUGUUCUGAAAGCAGGUGUACCUUUGCAACAUCCUUUGACAAUAUCUGCAGCCACCCCUGUGACCCACGUGGAAAUAAGUGCCAAAACACCUCCAGGACCAGGAGCUGUUACAAAAAUGAAGGAUACAGAACCAGCUAUGGGGAGUGUGAAAGCUUUAGAAACAACCAUGGAACCUGUUGUAGCAAAAGAUGUCAGAGCAGCUCAUGAAAGUCUGCAAGGCAGAAGUGUGGAAGGAACCACUGGUUCUGCAACAGCACUGGGUGCAUCAGGAAUGUUCCUACAACAUGGAGUCUUGGCAGAAACAAGGAGUGUGGACAGAAGCCAGGGAUCUGCACUUCCAGCAGGAUUGACAGGGAAGAACGUGGCUGCAGAGACAAAAGGAUUAGGAGCAACUUCAGAACCUGCAGCAGUUGUACAGACCUUCAUUCCCCAAACGGCUCCAGAAGUCCACAUGGCAGAGGGUUUUAGAAGUCCACGAGCAAAAGAUUCAGAAGGUACUUCAUUGCUGAGAGAAUCAAGACCUGAGAGUGAAUCACAUGUGAGAGGUUUGACAUCUUCUCUGUCUUUGCAGAAGGAAAACACACAAGGUCCAGGAGGAGUCCUGAGACCAGUGGCUGGGGUGGAAGCAAAAACUUUCACAACAGCUUCAAUGUCCUUACAAGUAGAAGGUGUGAAAGCUUCAGAAGAAGCUGUGCAUUGUGGGACUGUUGCAAGUCCAGGACUUCCUGCCUUAGAAAGGACUCCUGAACCUGUGGUUGCAUGUGAAAGCAUGGAACCAGUUAGAGGGGCUGAGGCAUCAGCAGGGGUGAUGCCAUGGCAAGCCACAGCAGAGAGAGAACCUCUCCACGCAGGCCUGACAGAGAGUUCCAUCAUUGCACGGUCGCAGAUCGUGACACACACGGGACCCUCACACACUGAGGUGCUGAGGAAGAGAAAGGAUUCAGAACAUGUUCCAGAAGCAGAGACAAGGAGCAGAGAAGCAAUCCUAGAAACUGUGCAAACUUCAGAAACCAGUUCAAAAUCUAUUCAGGAACAAGUAGUAGGUCAUUCAGCAGCGGUAUUGGAGUCUUUGCCCAGAGUGGAAGAAGACAGUACGGCAUCAGGAGUACUGACAGAUACACAAACUCAGGGAUCUGCUGUAGAACAUGAAAUUGCAGCAAGGAGGACCAGCACACAAGGAAGUGAGCUCUCUGAAAUGGAGAAAGCAAAAUAUUUGGAGCCAGUAUCAGAAGCUGGAGGAAUGAGGUGGUUAGAGAGCACGACAGAGUCUGCAACAGUAGAGGUGAAAGGUUCUGAAACAGGUGAAAAGCUUGAGGUACCCAUGGGUGAUGCUUCAGCAGCUGUUCCAGAAUACCUGCAUGCUGAAAAGCAGCAAGAUCUUCAGGUAGUUCUAGAAGCAAAACCUGCUGCAGAAUGGAAGAGUUCAGAAGAGGCUCCAGAAAUCUUGGGUGUUUCUGAAAUAAAGCCUUCUGAAGCAGUUCCAAAACCAGGGGAUAUGAAAGGCCUGGAAACUGCACUGGAACAUGAAGUGACAGCUGAGGUACAAUAUGUAGAAGGCGUACAGAGUCAACAGGUAGAGGAUAUGGUGAUUGAGAAGGAAGAUGUGGAGCAGACUCAAACAUCUGAACCUUUAGUAGCAGAAACAGUUCUUAGUUCUUCACAUGCAGCAGAGGAAAAAGUUUCAGCAGGAACUCCUGUAGCAGAAACACAAGAUUUGGAAACAGCUCCUCAGACUCAUGUAGAGCUGAAAGAUGCAGAAGCAGCUGCAGGGCUGGAGGCAGAGACAAAAGAUUUAGAAGCAGGUCCAGCACCUGAGACUGAUGCAGAAGCAGGUCCAGAACUUAUAGAGGAAGGCCAGUUGGAAGACACUCCAGAGGCUGAGGAUGUCAAAGAAGCAACUCCUGAAGAGGACUCAGAGAAAAGAGACUCAGAAACAUCUGAUGUGCAACCUGAUGUGGCAGCACGAAUGAAGGAGACUCUCAUGAGGCUUGAGAAUGUUGUUGAAAAAAGUAGUCAUAGAACCAGUGAGAAAAAACAUGAUUCAAAGAAACAGAAAAGGAGCCGCUCCAAGUCUCAGUCCAGGUCUAGGAAGCGGAAGAAAAAAUCAAGGUCACGUUCCACUUCCAGGCGUUUGACCUCUAAAAGAGCACGUUCUAGGAGCAGAAACUAUUCCGUUUCUAGAAAAAAGCAUUCCAAAUCUAGGUCCCGAUCUGUGGAGAAGAGAGAGAGAAGAUUGUCUUCCCGGCGGUCCAGGCGCAGACAUUCUAGAUCAUCUGACCGUUACAGGUCUAAAUCCAGAUCAGCAGAAAAGAGAUUGUCCAGACGGAGGCGUUCCAGGUCCUCUGACCACUACAGGUCUAAAUCCAGGUCAGUGGAGAAGCAGCUGUCCUCCCGAAGGUCCAGACGCAGACGCUCCAGGUCAUCUGACCGCUAUAGAUCCAAGUCCAGGUCCGUGGAGAAGCGAUUGUCCUCCCGAAGAUCCGGGCGCAGACGUUCCAGGUCUUCCGACCGCUACAGGUCUAAGUCACGGUCAGCAGAGAAGCGAUUGUCCUCCCGAAGGUCCGGGCGGAGACGUUCCAGGUCCUCUGACCGCUACAGAUCCAAGUCCAGGUCAGCAGAGAAGCGAUUGUCUUCCCGAAGGUCCGGGCGGAGACGUUCCAGAUCUUCUGACCGCUACAGGUCUAAGUCCAGGUCAGUGGAGAAGCGGCUGUCCUCCCGAAGGUCCGGGCGGAGACGUUCCCGGUCGUCCGACCGCUACAGGUCUAAGUCACGGUCAGCGGAAAAGAGGUUGUCCUCCUGGCGAUCCCGCCGCAGACAUUCCAGGUCCUCUGACCGUUCAAAAUCUAGAUCCAGGUCUUCAGAAAAGGGAGGAGGCAAAGAAUACUCCUGGAGGUUCAGGCAUCGGUCUGGUUCCUCUGAUGGUUCAAAAUCCAGGUCAAGAUCUGUUGAGAAAAGAGGUCGGAAGGCGUCCGUGCGGAGGUCCAAACGUCAGCGCUCAAAGUCCUCGGAUCGCUACAAGUCUCGAUCCAGGUCAGUAGAAAAAAGGGAUCGAAAGCAAUCGUCACGGAAGUCUAAACGUCAGCGCUCCAAGUCCUCUGACCGUUACAAGUCUAGAUCCAAGUCAGUGGAAAAAAAGAAGGAAUCCUCACGAAAAUCCAAGCGUCGACGCUCAAAAUCUUCUGAACGUUACAAGUCUAGGUCUAGGUCUGUCGAAAAAAAGCGCAAGGAGUCUUCAAAAAAAUCCAAACGGAAACGUUCCAAGUCCUCUGACAGUGUUAAGUCAAGGUCCAAGUCUGUAGAAAAAAAAGAUAAGUUAUCCUCAGCAAAGUCCAUUAGCAAGCAUGAGUCUUCUGAACUUCAGGAGUCAGCCAAAGGUCUGGAUGAAGAUGUUCCUCAGUCUUCUGUUGGAAGUGAAGGUAAAUCCUCUAAUGGUCCCACAGCAGUAGCUUUGUCUGAUGAAGGAGUAAACGGCCCAGUACUGCCACCAUCAUUUGGAAGUGGAUUAUCCAAACCUUCAGAGAGCCUUGAGGAAAGGGCCUCAUCUGUUGAAAAAACAGCAGAUGUGCAGCAUUCUGCCACAUCUGAAUUUGAUACCUCCAAAACCCCAGAUGACCAGGAACUGAGAUCCACAUCUGUUGAAAAAACACAGGAUUCAGAGCUGUCUGUGACAUCUGAAAAUGGAUCAACUGAAAAAGCAGCAGCUCAGGAGUCUUCAUUGCUACCUGAACUGCCAUACUCCACAUCCAGGUCAAGAUCCAUAUCUGCUUCAGCAACAGAAUUUCAUGUCUCUGCAUCCUGUGAAGGUGAGUCCAGAACUGCACCUCUCAAAGAAGUAGAAGGUCCAGAGCUUCCUCCAGCACUAAAAAGAGAUAUGGAACUCCAGUCAGCUCUCCUGUCCAAAGGUGGGGUCUCCAACUUGUCUGAUGGUCACGAUUCACAGCAUAUCCCUGAUGAACACAAAGAGCUUUCACAGGUCCUGCAAGUACCUGAACGUGAGUCUUCCCAGCUGGCUGACAGCCCUGGAGCAGUGGAACCUCAGAGGCCUUUCCUGCCACCUGAGAUGAUCCGCCCUGUGAUCCCUGAUGGCUGUGAGUCAGGCCAGAUGCGGGAGCCUUCUUUGGCUUCUGAUGGUGGACACUUUGUGUCUCCUGAUGGACAUGGAUCAGGAUCCAGCUUCACUGCACCAAUAGAGGAGCAUCCAUUGUCUGUAGGAGAGUCCUUUAAGUCACCCCAUGGAAAUGAGCAAAGAUUUUUAUCUGUUGAAAAAGUCAAGACUCCAGAUGUUUCCCUGACAUCUAUGUGUGGUUCUGUUGAGGUGUCUGCCGACGUUAUUUCAGUGUCUUCUUUUGAAGUUCAUGAGUCCAGAUCAUCUGUUGACAAAGCUUUAGACGGUCCAAUGCUUCCACAAGUGCUCGAGGUCGACUGCUCCAGAUCUUCGGAAAUGCGCGAAUCGAGAUACCUAACUGGAAAAAUAGAUGGUGCGGGAUCUUUGGUGAUGUCUAAAAGUGGGAUUCCCAUAUGCCACGAUGGCCACAAAGCAAAGUACAACUCCUUUGAGCAAACAGAGAGUGCAGAACUGUCAGUGGCAUCUGAGCUCCGGCGUUCCAUCUUUCCUGAAGGCUAUAAAUUGACAUCCGCUGCCGUUGAAAAAGUGGAGAUCCAGAAGCCUUCUCUCUCACUGGAAAGUGGCUUCUCCGUGUCUGCUGAUGGCUGUGAAUCAGUGGGCACACCGGAAAAACUACAGCCCCCAGUGGCUGCUGUGCCAUCAGAAGGUGGGGUUCUGCUGUUGCCUGACAGUCAGGAGCUGAGACCCGUCCCUGCAGAUAAAGCAGAAAUGCUGAAUUCAUCUGAACUGAAACACCUGGCGUCCCCUGAUGGCUACAAGCUGAGAUCUGCCUAUAGUGAAGAAGUACAGGAGCCCAUUCUGGUAGGGGAAAGCAGGUGUUCUGUUGCCUCCGAUGGUCAUGAGUUGGCAUCUACCACUUCUGAAAGAGCUGAGGAGCCUUCUCAAGUGUCUGAAAAUGAGUAUACAAUAGGGAUUGAUGGCCCGGAGUUGACAUCAACCCCUGCUGCAAAAACAGAGCUGCGGAGGCUUUAUCAGAUGCCUGGAGAAAGAGGUCUGGAGUCCAUGGACAGCUGCGACCUGCAGUCACCCUCUGCUGAAGACACACGGGUCCAACAGACCUCUCUGGUGUCUGAAAAUAAACAUGCCGUGUCCUGGGUGGGCCAGGAGUUGAGGUCCAGCUCUCCUGAGAAGGCAGAGGUGCAGGAGGAGGCUGUGGUUCCGGACAGUGCUGUGUCUUCUAAAGAUCACAGAUUGACCUCCUUGUUGGCUGGAAAACCAGAAGUGCAGGAGCGUUCUCUGGUGCCUGAAAGUGAAUAUGGUGAGUCUCCUGAGGGCCAGGAAGUGGCUGAGGCCAGCCCUGCUGAGAAGGAGGUGCAAGAACCUUCUCUGACACCUGGCAGUGAAUGUUCCAUCUUCCAUCAAGGCCAAAUACUGCAGUCUGGCCCCGCUGAAAGCACAGCAGUGCAGGCUCCAGUGCUGGUCCAUUAUGCUGUAUCUCCCGAGGGCCAGGAGGUGCAGGAGUGUUCUUUGCUGUCUGAAAACGAGUACGAGGCAUCCCCCAAAAGGCAUCAUUUGAGAUCCAGUCCUGUUGAAAAAGAAGAAUUGGAGGAACAUUCUGAAGCAUCUGAAAGUGAAAGUUCAAUAUCCAGUGAUAGCCAGGAGUUGCAGCCUGCUGUUGUUGGAAAAACAGAGGGGCAGGAGUUGUCCUUGUCUGAAGGUGAAUGUUCCAUGACUCCUGAAGGUCAGGAGCUGCAGUCCAGCCCUGCUGAAAGAGUUCUAGCCAAGGAGACUUCCCUGACAUCUGAGCGUGCUCUGUCACCUGAGGAGCGCGAGUCAAGAUUGGAGCGUGCUGAGGAGACAGAGGGUGGGGAUUCUACUGUGACAGCUGAACGUGACCAUCUCUUUUUUGAGAGCCAGGAGGUGAGUUUCACCUCUCUUCAGAAAGCAGAUGUGCGGGACCAUUCUCCAACACCUGAAAAUGAACAUGGAGCAUCUCCUGAUGGGCAGGAGUUGAGAUUCACCACUGUUGAAAAAGUGGAUGGUCUUGAACCUUUGACAGUGAACGAUAGAGCCUCCAUGUCCCCUGAUGGCAGUGACUUGAAUUCCGUCCCUGCUGAAAAGAUGGAUCAUGCAAUGCCUUCUUUAGUGCCUGAAGGGCGCUCGGUGUCCCCUGAUAACUGCAGUGUGGGCCCUGGUGAAGAAGCAGGGGAUCUGGAGCCCUCUGUGAGAUCUGAGCGUAGAGACUCCACAUCCUCCUAUCAGGAAGGUCAUGAGCCAAGGUCUCCCAUGGAGGAAGAGGGUCUGGAGUCCUCUGUGACAUCUGAACAUAGACAAUCCCUGUCCCCUGAGGGCCAUGACCAGAAGUCUAUUGCAGAUGAAGAAAUGGAUGAUCUGGAGAGGCGUUCCACUUCUCCUGAUGAGCACGAGUCAAGAUCUAGCACUGGUGAAGAAGCAGAGGAUAUGGAGCAGCCUUUGACAACAGAACGUAGGUGCUCUGAGUCCUCUGAUGAGCACGAGUCAAGGUCAACCACUGGAGAAGAGGCAGAGGAUGCAGAGACUUCCUUGGCAGCUGAAAGAAGAGAUUCCGUAUCCUCUGAUGACCGUGAGUCGAGGUCUGCUGCUGGGGAAGAUGUAGAAGAUGGGGAGCCCUCCUUGACAGCAGAACGUAGACACUCCACAUCUUCUGAUGACCACGAGUCAAGGUCUUCAGCUGAUGAAGAAGCAGAGGAUGUGACAGCUGAUCGUCGCUCUGUGUCUCCUGAUGGACGGGAGUCAAGGUCAACGGUUGGCGAGGAAGCAGAGGACCAGGAGGUCUCUUUGACAGCAGAGCGUAGACACUCCACGUCUUCCGAUGAACAGGAGUCAAGGUCUACUGCUGGUGAAGAUGCAGAGGAUGUGGAACCCUCCUCAGCAGCUGAACAAAGAGAUUCCACCUCAUCAGACGAGCAAGAGUCAAGGUCUACUGCUGGUGAAGAAGCUGAGGAUGUGGAACCUCUGACAGCUGAACACAGGCGUUCCGCAUCCCCUGAUGGGGCUGAAUCGAGGUCUACCACUGCUGAAGAGGAAGCAGAGGAUGCAGAGCCCUCCUUGACAGCUGAACAAAGAGAGUCCACAUCAUCAGAUGAGCAUGAGUCAGAGUCUUCCAGUGGUGAAGAGGAGGGAGAGGAUGCAGAACCCUCUUUGGCAGAUGAGGAAAAGCAGGAUUCCAUGCCUCUUGAGCAGUCAGAAGAACAGGACUCUUCCGUUGUCCCUGAAAGCAGACGUUCCGAGUCUUCCGAGCGUGAAAAAUCCAGAUCCAAAUCUGUUGAUAAAGCAUCUGACAAAGAGUCUCCACAGAGAUCUGAGAGCAGGCACUCAAAGUCUCCUGCUCACCCAAAGAGCCGAUCCACAUCUGUGGAGAAAACAGCGGACAAAGAGUCCGUGCGGAGGUACAGACGGAGACGCUCCAGGUCCACGGCUCACCAGAGGAGCCAGUCAACCUCUGUGGAGAAAACAGCAGACAAGGAGUCCUCACGCAGGUCCAGGCGGAGACGCUCCAGGUCUGCUGCUCGCCAGAGGAGCCAGUCCAAGUCUGUGGAGAAAGCUGCAGACAAGGAGUCCUCGCGCAGGUCCAGGAGCCGGCGCUCCAGGUCUUCCCAGCGUAGGUCCAAGAGAUACGACACGGACUCGCGCUCCAGGCGGAAUCGCUCCCGGUCAGCCACACGGAGAAGAGCGUCCAGGUCUCGCUCCAGCUCCCUGUCACGCUCCAGGCACAGGAGGAGAAGCAGGUCGAGGUCGGCGUCACGAAGGCGGCGUUCCUUGUCCAGAGACAGGCGCAAGAGGUCUCAGAGAAACAGGUCGAGGUCCACUGACAGGAGAAGGAGGAGAUCCGACUCCAGGGACCGCAGGAUAUCGCUCCGGUUGCGCAGCAGGAGCCGGACCCCUCUGCGGCAGAGGCGCUCGCGCUCCAGGGGGAGGAGGAGGAGCUCCAGCAGGUCCCCGAUCCGGCUGCGGCGCUCGCGCUCCUCGGGGAGGAGGCGCUACAGCAGAUCCCCCGACCGGCGCCGCUCCCGCUCCUCGGAGUUCUCCAGCAGGUCACCCAAACGUCUCACAGACCUGGACAAGGCCCAGCUACUGGAGAUCGCCAAGGCCAACGCAGCCGCCAUGUGUGCGAAGUCUGGCGUGCCUCUGCCCCCGAGCCUGAUGCCUCUGCUGUCCCAGAAGAAGGAUGACAAAGCCAACCAAAAGUCCUCGAGGGACACCUUGAAGGAGCUCACUGAGAAAUGCAAGAAGAUUGCUCAGAGCACUGAUGAUGUGAUAGUGAACAAGCCUCAUGUUUCUGAUGAGGAGGAGGAAGAACGUCCUUUCUAUAACCAUCCUUUCAAGCUGAGUGAACCCAAACCUAUUUUCUUCAAUUUAAGUACUCCCAGCAUAAAACCAGCACCACCACCCCAACCAAAAAACCAGGUCAGCCUGUCCAAGGAAUUCCCCGUGUCCUCUGGGUCUCAGCAUAGGAAGAAGGAGGCAGACAGUGUGUAUGGAGAGUGGGUUCCCGUGGACAAGAACGGCAAAGACGACGGCAAGGACGACGUUUUCCCCAAGCCAGCCAUUGAGUGUGUGGACAUAACCACAGCCAUGAACGACAGAGCAGUGGCCCAGAAGAGGCUCAAUGAGAACUCCUUUGACCUGGAGGCCAUGUGCAUGCUGAACCGGGCACAGGAGCAGAUCGAUGCCUGGGCUCAGUCCAACUCCAUCCCCGGGCAGUUCACGGGCAGCACCGGCGCGCAGAUCCUGUCCUCGGACGAGCUCACCAACAGCGGGCCCCAGGCGUGGAUCCGAAAGGAUCAGUUCUUAAGAGCAGCCCCUGUAACUGGAGGAAUGGGAGCUCAGCUGAUGAGGAAGAUGGGCUGGAGAGAAGGAGAAGGCCUUGGGAAGAACAAGGAAGGCAGCGUUGAGCCCAUCAUGGUGGACUUUAAGACGGAUAGAAAAGGGCUGGUUGCUGUGGGAGAGAAGGCCCAGAAGAGGUCUGGCCAUUACGUGGUGAUGAAGGAUCUUUCAGGGAAGCACCCGGUGUCUGCGCUGAUGGAGAUCUGCAACAAGAGGAGGUGGACGCCCCCCGAGUUCGUGCUGGUGGACGACAGUGGGCCUGAUCACCGCAAGCAUUUCAUCUUCAAGGUGAGAGUCAAUGGCAACGAGUACAGGCCCACCUUUGCCAGCCUUAACAAGAAGCACGCGAAAGCCACGGCGGCCACGGCGGCGCUGCAGGCCAUGGGACUCGUACCAAAGGAAAGCAUGGUCAAUACCACCAUGUUCAGGAGUGCCUCACACCGCUAAGCUUGGCUUUACUGGGACACUGGUUCUGAGCAUUUUACUCUGCACAAGAAAUGGUAUUUGCCCCUCUCAUGUUGUAAAUACAUCGGCGAUUCCCACCUUGUAAAAACUGUACAGACACCCGCAGGUUUUUCUUUUGUACCAUCCAAAUGUAUUUAAAUCAUACUUAGUUUUUGGUAUGUUUAUAUUGUUUACAUUAGUGAUGUAAUUAUUUCUUAAACGACUAAAUCAGACGACAGACUCUGGAGGCAUCAGAAAUCCAGACCCUUGGCUGAAGCUCCUGCAGUUCCUCUCCUGUCAGAGCGUUGACCCUUUCUUUGAUACAGUUUUGUAGUGGCUGCAGGGUUCCCUGGGCUCGGGGAGGUGCUGGGGACACCCUGGGGCCGUGCCCGGGCGCUGCCCCUCGGUGCCACCCCAGGGCGGCCGGGGGCACGCGGGGGCUCGGGCACGGCCCGGCCUCGCAGCGGGGCUGCUCUUCCCAACCAGGGAAUCCACUGCCUGAUGCUGAUUGUACGGAUUUGUGGUUCAUGUGAAUUUUAAACUCUUUAACAAAUCUACAACUGGAUUUGGGGGGAGGGAGGGGGUAGAAUGAUGCUUCAAUUGUUGUACCCAACUUGGUCAAUAAAGCAGCACAAGUUCAUAAUCUUCA